AUGUCUAGGGAGACACCAACAGUCAGGGUCAUACAAAGACGGGGUCUUGAGGAGACACCAACAGUCAGGGUCAUACAAAGACGGGGUCUGGGGGAGACACCAACAGUCAGGGUCAUACAAAGACGGGUCUGGGGGAGACACCAACAGUCAGAGUCAUACAAAGACAGGGUCUUGGGGAGACACCAACAGUCAGGGUCAUACAAAGACGGGGUCUGGGGGAGACACCAACAGUCAGGGUCAUACAAAGAGGGGGUCUGGGGAGACACCAACAGUCAGAGUCAUACAAAGACAGGGUCUUGGGGAGACACCAACCAUCAGGGUCAUACAAAGACGGGUCUGGGGGAGACACCAACAGUCAGGGUCAUACAAAGACGGGGUCUUGAGGAGACACCAACAGUCAGGGUCAUACAAAGACGGGGUCUGGGGGAGACACCAACAGUCAGGGUCAUACAAAGACGGGUCUGGGGGAGACACCAACAGUCAGAGUCAUACAAAGACAGGGUCUUGGGGAGACACCAACAGUCAGGGUCCUACAAAGACAGGGUCUGGGAGAGACACCAACAGUCAGGGUCAUACAAAGACGGGGUCUGGGGGAGACACCAACAGUCAGGGUCAUACAAAGAGGGGGUCUGGGGAGACACCAACAGUCAGGGUCAUACAAAGAGGGGGUCUGGGGGAGACACCAACAGUCAGGGUCAUACAAAGACGGGGUCUUCGAGAGACACCAACAGUCAGGGUCAUACAAAGACGGGGUCUUCGAGAGACACCAACAGUCAGGGUCAUACAAAGACGGGGUCUGGGGGACACACCAACCAUCAGGGUCAUACAAAGACGGGUCUGGGGGAGACACCAACAGUCAGGGUCAUACAAAGACGGGGUCUGGGGAGACACCAACAGUCAGGGUCAUACAAAGAGGGGGUCUUGGGGAGACACAAACAGUCAGGGUCAUACAAAGACGGGUCUGGGGAGACACCAACAGUCAGGGUCAUACAAAGACGGGGUCUGGGGGAGACACCAACAGUCAGGGUCAUACAAAGAGGGGGUCUUGGGGGAGACACCAACAGUCAGGGUCAUACAAAGACGGGGUCUGGGGGAGACACCAACAGUCAGGGUCAUACAAAGACGGGGUCUGGGGAGACACCAACAGUCAGGGUCAUACAAAGACGGGUCUGGGGGAGACACCAACAGUCAGGGUCAUACAAAGACGGGUCUGGGGGAGACACCAACAGUCAGGGUCAUACAAAGACGGGGUCUGGGGGAGACACCAACUGUCAGAGUCAUACAAAGACGGGGUCUGGGGAGACACCAACAGUCAGGGUCAUAAAACGACUGGUCUAG